AUGCGCAGACCAACCCACCACGCUAACACAUGGCCAAACCUACAGCGCCGUCGUUCCAAGUCGGACGAGAAGAAGCCGCGGCGGACUCGCACCAUUUCCAUUUUCGACCCGAGUCUCGAUGCCAUCAAGAGAAUGAUCAGGAAUGCCACCAUGAUCUCCCCGAUACGGCUCGGUGAUGGCGACCCGACCCUUUCCCGCCGCAACACAUUGACACGCGAGCAUUCCAUGACGCCCGAAAUGAUUGCCAUCCUGGAGAGAGUAUACGACGACCUACGAAGCGACGAGCCUGAGCUAUCGAAAGAAGCAUUCAUCAAAUUCAUCAUCGACAUCCAGGGCGAAACCAUGGUCCAGCUGGAUAAAGAAAACUACACUCUGGGACAGUUUCUCUACGUCUUGGCACACGAGUAUCGCUGGGAAGCCAUCCGGAAACCAUCAGAAAAGGACUACUCGAAGCCCAUCACAAACUACUUCAUCAACAGCAGUCAUAAUACUUACAUCAGCGGCAACCAAUUGGCUUCAAAAACUUCUCCAGAGGCGUACAUGAAUGUCCUAAAGAGGGGCGGUCGUUGUAUCGAAAUCGACGUCUGGAAUGGUGACGAUUUUCUGGUCGGCGGCGAAUCCAAAUCCCCAUCUGGAAACGGUCAUUCGAGGGCCAUUUCUGGCAUAUCCGGUAGCUCUCUCCCCUACGCGGCCGCUGCCGUCAUCGAGAAGAUGGAAGACAAGCUCGAAGCCGCCAAGGGCACUGCCAAAGGCUACCUCGGAAACCCAAGCGGCGGACGCUCAAGAAGCACCAGCACUCACAGCAGAACCAUGACCGACGACACUUCAUCCAGUUCCAGCAACGUAUACCUUGCCCCGGUGGCCAACGUCUCUAGCGAAAAGUUGGAGGUCCCCCGCUUGUCAAGGACUCGACAGUCUCUGCCCCGGGGAGAGCCCAUCGUCACCCACGGAUGGACAUUUACGACUCCCUGUGGAUUCCGCGAGGUGUGCCAAACGAUCAAGGACCAUGCGUUUGCCCACGGCAAUGACCUGCCCAUCAUUAUCAGCUUGGAGGUCCACGCGGAUCACAACCAGCAAGAGGUUAUGGCGACAAUCAUGAAGGAGGUCUGGGAUGACAUGCUUGUCCAGCAGCCUUACGAGGGCUGCGAUCCCAAGUUCAGGGUACCCACGUUGGACGACCUCCGGGGCAAAAUCAUGGUCAAAGUCAAGCGCGCAGUCGCCAAGAUCAACGGCCCGCAAGACGUCACUGCGUCCUUGCCCGUUUUGCAGACAGAAGACGACGGCUCGACCACGGACGAUGAGCGCGCCCCUCGACUCCGAGCAGCCGCUUCUUCCCCCGCCGGGGCCCUCCCUCAGCAGGAUGAGAACGGCAAGGUGACGAUAUGCAAGCCCCUGAGCGACCUGGCCGUCUACACCCGCAGCGAGCGGUUCAAGAGCCUCAGCACCCCUCAGGCGAAGCAGCCCACCCACAUCUUCUCCAUCAGCGAGGACAGAAUCCUGGAGCUGCACGACAAGUUCCCGCGCGAGGUCUUUACGCACAACAAGAACUUCUUCAUGAGGGCCUUUCCUGCCGGCCGAAGGAUCAACAGCUCUAACCCGGACCCGAGCCUCUUUUGGCGAAGAGGCGUGCAGAUGGUGGCCAUGAACUGGCAGAACAUGGACGAGGGCAUGAUGCUCAACGAGGCCAUGUUCGCCGGCGAGGACGGCUGGGUCCUCAAGCCCGCGGCGUACCAGGGCGCCGACAAGGCCAGCGUCACGCUGGACCACGCCGCCAAGCACACGCUGGACCUCUCCAUCACCUUCUUCGCCGGCCACAACAUUCCGCUCGAGGAGGGCGAAGAAGACACUUCGCGCAACAGGAGCGCUCUCCGGCCCGUCGUCAAGGCCGAGUUGCACAUUGGCGAGGACGACAAGGACGGCCACGAGCACUCUUACAAGCAGCACACAAAGACAGCCAAGUCAUCCAACCCUGUAUUCAUGUCCAGCUCGCAUCACAAGGAUGCCGGCGACAAGUUGCAGUUUCUCAACAUUCCCAAGGUGGUGGAGGAGUUGAGCUUCAUCCGGUAA